GCCACAAUUGCUUUGAUUAUUCAAUAAACAAAGUUCUCGAAGGCUUCGCGUAGCUUCUUCAUCUUCUUCCUCAGGUUUUUGUUUUAUUGUUAAGAUGGGAGACAAAAACGAUGAUGACAAGAACAUUGAGAUAUGGAAGAUUAAGAAGUUGAUCAAAUCUCUUGAAGCUGCUAGAGGGAAUGGAACCAGCAUGAUCUCACUUAUCAUGCCUCCUCGGGAUCAGGUUUCUCGUGUUACUAAGAUGUUAGGGGAUGAGUAUGGAACUGCGUCGAACAUCAAGAGCAGAGUCAAUCGCCAGUCUGUUUUGGGAGCCAUAACUUCUGCUCAGCAAAGGCUGAAACUUUACAACAGGGUCCCUCCCAAUGGUCUUGUGCUCUAUACUGGAACCAUUGUCAAUGAGGAAGGCAAGGAAAAGAAGGUUACUAUUGACUUUGAGCCUUUCAGACCCAUCAAUGCUUCUCUUUACCUCUGUGACAACAAGUUCCACACAGAAGCUUUGAAUGAAUUGCUGGAGUCUGACGACAAGUUUGGUUUCAUUGUGAUGGAUGGAAAUGGGACUCUCUUUGGAACCUUGAGCGGUAACACACGUGAGGUGCUUCACAAGUUCUCUGUUGAUCUUCCGAAGAAACACGGAAGAGGAGGACAAUCUGCUCUUCGUUUUGCCCGUCUUCGUAUGGAGAAGCGUCACAAUUAUGUGAGGAAAACUGCUGAGCUAGCCACACAGUACUACAUCAAUCCUGCAACAAGUCAGCCUAAUGUCUCUGGGCUAAUUCUUGCCGGUUCAGCAGAUUUCAAGACUGAAUUGAGCCAGUCAGAUAUGUUUGAUCCCCGGCUGGGUGCGAAGAUACUGAAUGUCGUUGAUGUAUCAUAUGGAGGAGAAAAUGGUUUCAACCAGGCAAUUGAGCUGUCAGCUGAGAUACUGGCGAAUGUGAAGUUCAUCCAAGAGAAGCGUCUGAUUGGGAAGUAUUUUGAGGAGAUAAGCCAGGACACUGGGAAGUAUGUGUUUGGUGUGGAAGAUACGUUGAACGCAUUAGAAUCGGGAGCUAUCGAGACACUGAUUGUAUGGGAAAAUCUUGACAUCAACCGAUAUGUGAUGAAGAACAGUGCGACUGGUGAAACUGUGAUCAAGCACCUGAACAAGGAACAGGAAGCCAACACUGAGAAUUUCAAAGUAGCUGACACCGACUUGGCUUUGGAUGUGGAGGAGAAGCUAUCAUUACUGGAGUGGCUGGCUAAUGAGUACAGGCGUUUUGGCUGUGCGCUUGAGUUUGUAACAAACAAAUCACAGGAAGGUUCUCAGUUUUGCCGAGGAUUUGGAGGAAUCGGAGGGAUACUUCGUUACCAGCUUGACAUGACUGCUUUUGAAUCCGAGGAUGGGGAAUUUAAUGGUGAUGAUUCGGAAUAACAAUCAAUCAAAUCCUCACCAUCGCUGGUUGAGGAAUAUGGCACACCGCCAUGCCUGAACCAGCCUGCGCGGGCUGUCGAGGUCUCGCAGAAGAAAAUCCGAGAAUAAUCGAAGAAGCAUCUUUUCUAAAGGUGGUGAAUGAAGGAACAGGUGGAGAAUGAAGAAGCCGUUGCUUUGGUUGUCUUCCAACAUUUAUGGAGUUUUUUCUUUUGAGUGUUUCUUAAAUAAUUUUACUUUGGCCAGUUUGAUUUCAGUAUUUUAAUACUCUUGGCUGAGAAACGCGUAAUGGAUUUGGGUUUUAUUGCAUGGAUGUUUUGACUUUUGGUUGAUGAAUAAGUUGUGACAGAACAACACUUUCUAUGCGUCUUUGUUUUAAGCAGACAUGUUUCAGUCUAUUAACUUCUUUUACAUG